GGGUUGGGCAGGGCGGCCUCUCGGAUCUCCGCCAGUUAGACUCCUGCCUUCCCGGCUGUGGUGGGGAGAGGUAGCUGCGUUCCCCUCAGUUCCAAGAGCGGGCCUGGGUCACCAUGGGAUAGUGGAGCCUCAGUUCUCCAUCCGUAUUUGGGAAGAGCAUGGGCUUCGGAGACUGCCUGGGUCAAGUUGAGGAAAUACUCAGGUUGGAUCAGCUUCUCCACAGCCUCGGCUCUGACACCUGAAGGGACAGAAGCGGGCACGGGGAGUCCCGACAGGCGGCUGUGGAGUGGGACGGUUAGUCAAGCAGAGGCCUCCGCAUGGCCCCGCCGUGAGAGACUGGACCCAGCGACUGGGACCCGGAGCGAAGCUUCAUCCACCUGGUCAUCCAUGCAUCAGGUCAGCAAAACUGACUGAGCCAGUACUUCAAACCACAUAUUGGAGAAGGGUGAUUCAGCAGACACUGAUGAGGUCUUCAAGGAACUCUCAACCUCAGGGGUGGUGUGGGGGUCUAGUGGAGUCCCAGGAGCAGUCAGCACAGGGUGGAAGUAGUGGCUGCCAUGGAUGAGGAUAAGCUUCCAUCUGUACUACCUGGGGAAGGUGGUGCUGCCUGGGACCCCAGCUUGGAGUCUGAGGAAGAACCAGGGGCCGAGAAUGGAAUGGCACAGAGUCAGGACCUGAACAGUAGCUACAAUAGCCCAGGGCAUGAGAUAAGGGGCACUCUGGUGGACACCGAAGAGCCUGCACAAGGCCCGAACGUGGCCCUCCGUGGCCUCAGCCUUGGCCUUUCCCUCACCAAUGGCCUAGUCCUGGGGCCAGACUCAAACAUUCUGGAAGAUUCUACAGAGUCCAGGCCCUGGAGGGCUGGUGGGCUGGCAGAGGGGGACGAUGCUUCCAGGAAUCUAUGUCUGGAAACUGAGGACCCUCAGCUGGGGUCGGGUGGCCCUGGAGAGCCAGAUGUGCGGGAUGGCUUCAGUGCCACAUUUGAGAAGAUCGUGGAGUCUGAGCUGCUGCGGGGCACCCAGUACAGCAGCCUCGACUCCCUGGAUGUGCUGAGCCUCACGGAUGAGAGUGACAGCUGUGUCAGCUUCGAGGCCCCCCUGACACCCCUCAUCCAGCAGCGGGCCCGUGAUAGCCCUGAGCCAGGGGCUGGCUUAGGCAAUGGGGACAUGGGGCCUGAGGGAGACAUGGGAGCAGCUGGUGGUGAUGGGGAUCUGGGCAGCCCCCUGCGGCGCUCCAUCUCCUGCAGCCGAUCAGAGAAUGUCCUGAGCCGCCUGUCUCUAACCGCUGUGCCCAAUGGCUUCCAUGAAGAUGGACCCCCGGGUCCAGGUGGGGAGGAGGAGGAGGAGGAGGAGGAAGAGGAGGAGGACACAGACAAGUUGCUGAACUCAGCCAGUGACCCCAGCUUAAAGGAUGGCUUUUCAGACUCGGACUCAGAGCUGAGCAGCUCGGAGGGGCUGGAGCCUGGCAGCACAGACCCACUGGCCAAUGGGUGCCAGGGGGUCAGUGAAGCUGCUCGCCGGCUGGCCCGCCGCCUCUACCACCUUGAGGGCUUCCAGCGCUGUGACGUCGCCCGGCAGCUAGGCAAGAAUAACGAGUUCAGCAGGCUGGUGGCUGGGGAGUACCUCAGUUUCUUCGACUUCUCAGGCCUGACUCUGGACCGAGCGCUCAGAACCUUCCUGAAGGCUUUCCCACUGAUGGGGGAGACGCAGGAGCGUGAGCGGGUCCUUACACACUUCUCCCGCCGGUACUGCCAGUGCAACCCGGAUGACAGCACCUCGGAAGAUGGGAUCCACACGCUCACCUGUGCUCUGAUGCUGCUCAACACGGACCUGCACGGACAUGUGAACAUUGGCAAGAAGAUGUCCUGUCAGCAAUUCAUUGCCAACUUGGACCAGCUGAAUGAUGGCCAAGACUUUGCCAAAGACCUGCUCAAGACCCUUUACAACUCCAUCAAGAAUGAAAAGCUGGAAUGGGCCAUUGAUGAGGACGAACUGAGGAAAUCACUGUCUGAGCUGGUGGAUGACAAGUUUGGGACAGGCACCAAGAAGGUGACACGGAUCCUGGAUGGUGGCAACCCCUUCCUGGAUGUUCCGCAGGCUCUCAGCGCUACCACCUACAAGCAUGGCGUGCUGACUCGGAAGACUCACGCCGACAUGGAUGGCAAGAGGACACCCCGUGGGAGGCGUGGCUGGAAGAAAUUCUACGCGGUGCUCAAAGGGACCAUCCUGUACCUGCAGAAGGAUGAGUACAGGCCUGACAAAGCUCUGUCUGAGGGUGACCUGAAGAAUGCCAUUCGUGUGCACCAUGCUCUGGCCACCAGGGCCUCCGACUACAGCAAGAAGUCCAAUGUGCUCAAGCUGAAGACAGCUGACUGGAGGGUCUUCCUCUUCCAGGCACCGAGCAAGGAAGAAAUGCUGUCCUGGAUCCUUAGGAUCAACCUGGUGGCUGCCAUCUUCUCAGCCCCGUCCUUCCCCGCGGCUGUCAGCUCCAUGAAGAAGUUCUGUCGGCCCCUGCUGCCCUCCUGCACCACUCGCCUCUGCCAGGAGGAGCAGCUGCGUUCUCAUGAGAAUAAGUUGAGGCAGGUGACUGCAGAGCUGGCUGAGCACAGGUGUCACCCUGUCGAGAGGGGCGUCAAGUCCAAGGAGGCCGAGGAGAAUCGGCUGAAGGAGCACUAUCUCACUUUUGAGAAAAGCCGUUAUGAGACGUAUAUCCACCUCUUGGCUGUGAAAAUCAAAGUGGGCUCAGAUGACCUGGAGCGGAUUGAGGCCCGGCUGGCCACCUUGGAAGGGGAUGACCCUUCACUCCGCAAGACGCACUCAAGCCCGGCCCUCAGUCAGGGCCACGGGACUGUGACUGGCAGCAAAGCCAUGAAGGAUACCGCCGGGCCUGAUACUUAGCUGGCAUGGAUGGGCAAGCCCCAGAGGCAGGCAAAUGUCCCCAGAGGGGUCAGUGAGCACAAUUCCAGCUGGGGGCCACUUGCACCAGCUCCAGGCAGUCGACAGGCAGCCAGAGGGGUGCAGAGAGCCCUGUGGGCCAAGGAGAUGGAGAUGCUUACUCAUGGCGUUGAUCUUGCAUCUUGGGGUUUUUCCGGGCCUCAGACCUUCUCCCCAGCCCUCAUAUUCCUCUCCACCAUGGAGCCUCAUUUUGUAGGCCAGUUGUAUGCAUGUUCUAGACACCAUCUCACUGGGAAAGGAGGACUGGCCGCUGGCUUCCCAGGCCCUCCCCUCCUCACAAGUUGCUCCCCUCAUCUCCCUUAUUUCCAAGGGCAGGACUUGACUCCAGGUCUCAGCUUGGAUCCUCGGCUGUUCCCCUCCUCCUUCUUCAGACUUGACCAGCAGCGGGUCUGCAGACCACCAGCACCAUCCUCUCCUCCCUCCACCUUGUACCUUUUGGAACCAUGCCCUGUUCUCCUGUCUCCCUUUGCAAUAAUCCAGGACCCGGGCCUGUUCCCUCGAUGCCAAGUCGUCUCCACUCGUGUGUGCGUCCACCUCACCUUCCAUUUAUGGAGGCCACUACUGCUUUCUUUUAUAUGGACAAAAAUGUAUAUAUAUAUAAGAAUUUAUAUAUAUAUAUAUAUAUAUAUAUAUAUAUAUAUAUAUAUAUAUAUAAUAUCCCUUUAAAGAUGAUUUUGGAACUGAUAUCAGGAUGAAAUAUGAUGAAGGAAAAGCCUAUUUCAGCACUCCACCUGUUAGCAAGGAGGGCUGCUGGGCUGCUAUCUAGUCCCUUGGUGGCCCUGACACUCUGGGAGGGAAGGUGGAGGCGGCGCUGAGCCCCUCUCGCUGCUUUUCCCCUCUUCCGGCUGACCUGUGACUUACUCUGCUCUUACAGUUGAUGCUUUGGAAUGAGUAGACAGUGUGUGUAUAUAUGCCACCCCAUCUGUCCCACAGGCAUUGCAGGGUGUGAGUGGGAUGGACCAUGGCCCUGUUUAUAUUUGGUCUUUAUGUUGGUGCUGCCAGGUCUCUGAGCUACAGAGGUGGCCUCUUGUACAGAUCUACUGCUACAGGAAUAAAAGACACUCUGCCUUGCCAACAGCCACUUGUCAACAAGCCCAAAGAUGUUUGUCGGGGGUGGGGGGAGACGUUAUGGAAGCCAGUAAUUUCUGGUCUUGAAAAAAAAAGGGAAUAAGAAGUGGCUGAUUGUUCUUUAAGUUGAUACUUCUUUCACUCUUCUAGUGACUCACAAAGGCUAGCUAAGGACAUGCUUGGGAAGGGUAGACAAAUCUGCCCUGCGAUGAUCACAGACUAGCAUCCUAUAAACCCUGCAUUCCUCAGACUGACAAGUGGUGGGGGUGAUGGGACCCUCAGUGUAGCUAUGAUGAGCAAAUCCUUUAUAUUUUUAAAAUAGAUUAGUCUGGGCAGCACUCUGACCUCAGUGGUAACAUAAUUAGUUAGUUGCAAGGUUGGCUUAUCUAUUAAGUACCUAACAUUUACAAGCACGCUCCCAUUUGAUGCAAGGGACGUAGAAGUCUGUGAAAAUAGGUAGUGAUUUAAAUCCAGGUUAUUUAAUUUGGAUCAGCUGAAGUGUAUUUUAUAGCCAAACCAUCUGGCCCCUUCAUUUUGCUGAGGGGAAGUAAAUGUUCAUUUAAAUGAAAUCGAAAGAGCAAUGUAAUGUAAAAGAGCUCUCUGUACUAUCUCCAGGCUGGCUCAAAGGUCUCUGAUUUUUGGGGUCAGUUUCCCACCCUCCAGCUCACGAGGGCAGGUGAAUGAAAGCAGAGGAGCGGGCUUCUGUCUGCUGCAGACAGAUCUGCUUCCCUGAGCACUAGUGAUGUCUCCCAUCAGUAAAAAAAUCUUUAGUUCACUUUCUUAAUUGUAUAAUUAUUUAUUGUAAAUUAUAUACAUGUACUACUGUACUAAAAUAUUAUGUACAUUAUAAAACAUACACAAAAAUAGAAAUUUAAAAAGAUGAGAUGAAAAUAAAUCUAAAUCAGAGUUCUAA